CUUCGUCGAGAUCAAGAUCAUCACGGCACGACGACCGAAGAUCUAGCCAUAGAUCACGAUCCCACCAUAGACGAGAAGACGAAAUAGCAUCAAUCAAGAUAUAGAUAAUCUGGAUAAAGCUCGCGAAACUCCCAAAGCACCUGCUGCUGAGGCUGGUUCUAGUCAGGCCAUGCAAGAAACUGCUGCUCUUGCAGCCGACGAGAAACAACAGCAAAUUGAUAGAGAAGAGGUCAUUCGUCAACGACGUGAGAGAGUUGAACAAUGGCGUAGAGAGAGAGAAGCUGCCAAGCAAGCUGAAAUGCCCGAAGGCGAAUCUAAUGCUCAACCCUCAGAAGUUGCAAACGAUACCAAUGAAAAAGUUGAUGUUCAGGCUGAUGGAGAGCAAGCAGAGGCAAUGGAAGACGCUAUGGACGAAGAUGCUGAACCCGCGGAAAACGAUACAGGAAAAAAUUGGAGCUUGGAAGAUGAUGAAGAUGACGAUACAAUGGCUGUAGAUAAUGAACAACAACAACCUGUUCCAGAACUUCCAGAUGAUGGAAAGUUCCUUGCGUUGCCUAAGCAGGAUGAUGAUGCUGAAGACGAAAAGGCAGAAUCUCUUGUCUCCAAACCCCCUGUUCGACGAAACAUGAUGACUAUUGGCAAGGGAUUUGGUAAACCUAUGGCAUCAGAUACGACACAAAACACGAGUCAAUCUAACAAUGCACCUACUAAAUCGAAAAUGCGCAUUGGGUUUGGAAUGGGGCUCGGUAAUAAGCUCAACGGUCUUGGUGGUGCUAAGAAGACAGCUCCAAAGUCAAUGAAUGUAGAUAAACAGCCAAGCAAUGCAGAAAAAGAGCAAGAAAAAAUGCAAGUUGAUCAUGAUGAUGAUGUUGACCCGCUGGAAGCAUAUAUGGUGGAUGUCGAUGCGGCAGUUCAACGACUCAAUGAUGAGGACCUGGUAAAGUUGAAAAGUGGCUCUUCCAAAUCUAAUGGAAAAGAUGGUCGAUUGUCUGAUGACGACGACGAUGGCCAGCCAGUGGAUAAAGAUGAUGAUGAUAGUGACAUUGGAUCCGAUCCAGAAGAUAUCCUAGCUAUGGCGGCUAAGCGAGUUAAGAAGAAGGAUCUUGCUCCUGUAGAUCACUCGCGAGUGGAGUACGAGUUCUUCCGAAAAGACUUUUACAUCGAACCCCCGGAACUGAAAGAGCUCACUCAAGAUCAAGUUGACCUGCUCCGUAUUGAGUUGGACGGAAUAAAAAUUCGAGGUGUAGACUGUCCAAAGCCGAUUCAAAAGUGGACCCACUGUGGUUUACCAUCAGGCUGUCUUGAGAUCAUCCGUAAGCUCAAGUAUGAUAAGCCUACUCCUAUUCAAUCGCAAGCCAUUCCUGCUAUUAUGAAUGGACGUGAUGUGAUCGGCGUUGCAAAAACCGGAUCUGGUAAAACAAUUGCGUUUUUACUGCCAAUGUUCCGACACAUCAAGGAUCAGCGUCCUAUAGAAAACGGUGAAGGUCCUAUUAGUGUCAUCAUGACUCCCACUCGCGAGUUGGCGGUGCAAAUCCAUCGUGAAUGCAAACCAUUCCUCAAAAUUCUCGGACUUCGUGCCGUCUGUGCGUACGGAGGAUCGCCUAUCAAGGACCAAAUUGCUGAUCUCAAGCGUGGAGCUGAAAUCAUUGUAUGUACACCGGGACGCAUGAUUGAUUUACUGUGUGCUAAUUCUGGAAGGGUUACAAACUUGCGUCGAGUCACUUAUAUGGUGCUGGAUGAAGCUGAUAGAAUGUUUGACAUGGGAUUUGAGCCUCAGGUCAUGAAGAUCGUCAACAAUGCUCGACCAAGCAAGCAGACUGUUUUAUUCUCUGCAACAUUUCCGCGGCAAAUGGAAGCCCUAGCUAGAAAGGCUUUGAAACGUCCGUUAGAGAUCACAGUCGGUGGCCGCAGUGUGGUAUGCGAGGAUGUGACUCAAAUUGUGGAGGUUCGAGAGGACGAAUCAAAAUUUGUGCGCUUAUUGGAAAUUCUUGGCCAAUUCUACAAUAGUGAGAAUGAAGAUGCAAGAACCCUCAUUUUUGUCGAUAAACAGGAAGCAGCUGAUAACCUUUUACGUGACCUGAUUCGACGUGGUUACAUGUGCCUAUCACUGCAUGGAGGAAAGGAUCAAUUGGAUCGCGAUAGCACUCUUUCUGAUUUCAAAGCUGGUGUAUCCAAUAUUCUCAUCGCUACAUCUGUAGCCGCUCGCGGUCUGGAUGUUAAGCAACUCAAGCUGGUUGUAAAUUACGAAUGUCCCAACCACAUGGAAGAUUAUGUUCAUCGUGUUGGUAGAACUGGUCGUGCAGGUAACAAGGGUACAGCUUAUACUUUCAUUACGCCUGAACAAGAUCGAUAUGCUAUGGAUAUUGCCAAAGCACUUAAACUUAGCGAUCAACCUGUGCCAACCGACCUACAAAAACUAGUAGAUGAAUUUCAAGAAAAGGUCAAAAGUGGCAAAGAACGGAUCUCAAGUUCCGGAUUUGGAGGCAAAGGUCUGGAGCGACUGGACAAAGAUCGAGACAUGGUCAAAAAGUUCCAGAAGAAGGCAUAUGGUGGCGAGGAUGAUGAGGAAUCUGAGGACGAAGCUGAGCAUUCUCUCAAUGUGGAGUUUAAAGCUGUCCAGGCGGAUACUCGGGCCGGUGCCCGAACAGACUCAGAGCCCAGCGGACCAACGCCACAUGCAUUUGCUACACAGAGUACAGAAGAAUUAACGCCGCAAGCUCUGGCGGCCAAGAAGGCGGUAGAGCAAGUAGCUGCAAGAAUCAACGCUCUCUCAUCAUCUGCUAAUAAAGGCGGUCGCAAGGCUCAAGAUAUCAUUAACGACAUCAAUUCCAAAUAUAAAGAAACGGCCGUUAAGCAAGACGAAGAUGCUAAAGAAGGUAACCCAGGAUUUGCUUAUGAAAUUGAGAUCAAUGAUUAUCCUCAGAAAGCAAGAUGGCGGGUAACAAAUAAGGAAAUGAUCACUCAAAUUAUCGAAGUCUCUGGAGCAGCCAUUACUACACGUGGUACAUACUUUCCUCCUGGUAGACAACCGGGUGCAAAUGAACGAAAGCUGUACUUGUUCAUUGAGGGAGAUAGUGAAAUGGUCAUAGAUAAAGCCAAGAAUGAAGUCAAGCGGAUAUUGAUGGAGGCUACCGUUGCUCAAAUGGAACAGGACGCUCGUACAGGUGGUGGAGGAGCUACUGGUAGAUACUCAGUUGUGUAAGCAGCCCUCGAAGUUACCCUUUAAAUAAAAAAAAAGAUGCAAUUAUCAAAUGUCAA